GUGAACCGAUUCCUAUGGGGUGGGGGCAUAAGGAAGAAACCGGCUGUCUGAAAUUCGAACUAAAGGUUUUCUUUGAAUCGAUUCAGAGAAUAGAAGAAUGAAUAGCAUCGUAUUACUCGAAUGGCGGUACUUUGUGUUUGUUGUUUAAAUUAGUUAAGAUUUUUUUUCAUUCUGCAUACUUUUAUUACUUAAAUAAUAUCAAGCAACUCAACCAUUUAAAACAUUGCAAAUAUUGUCAUUUAAUGAAAUAAAAUCUUUUAAUAGAAAAUUUUUGAAAUGUUUGGAAAUGAACAAGAUACAGGCUUGCUUCUUAAUAGCUUAUUAUCUGCUGUGAAGAGCAUACAGUCUGAGGAAUCGUACAAGAAGAGAGAGUUUGAUUUAGAAAAUGAAGAUGACGCUGUUACUAUUAUUUCGUCAACAAUCAAUUCUUUAACGCGAGGAGUCAGAACAAAUUCAACAGAGGAAACAUUGGAUAAGCAGUUGCAUCUUCAAAGACGAUGCCAUGCUGCUAUAUUCUUCACUGUCUUAAGAUCUAAUGGUAUAAACUGUGCAGAAGCAAAUAAAUACUAUGAAAGCAUUGUUCAUACUUUUCCAACUCUGAGUUGGAAAUUUUACAUGAAACUGAAUUUCCGUUGUAAAUGGAGUGAAUACUUUAUUGAGUGUUCUAAAGAGCUUCAGCCUAAUAUUCUAGCCACUGUUUUAAACAAGAUACUUUAUGUUGAAUGGAAUGAAGAGGAACACUUGAAAUAUUACUCAUGGCAUACUGUAUUACAAGCAAUUAUUUGGAAAUUUUUUAUUAUUGAAGAUUCUUCAUUAAGCUCUUCUCAAGAUAGUUAUACUUUUGCAUUUCCAUUUGUUUCCUCUAAUGUAGAAACUGGAGCCCCUGGUAGUACCUCUAAAAUGGAUAAGGAUAGUUUUGCAAAUAGUCAGAUACUUCAUUCAUUCAAUAAUCUUCUAAAUCUUUUAGAUGCUGCUUUAAUUUCAAGUCUUAGUAGUUUUGAUUUUAUCAAAAUCAUUCUUCAUGCAUAUAAAACUGUAUUUAGACUGCUUUCAAAAGUUAAAACUUGUGAAAAGGAUGUUAUAAAAGAACUUUUUCGCUUAAAUAAUCUUAUUGAAACUUGUUGUUUAAACAAGGAGUCUUUAGAUGUAAUUAAAGCCAUUCUUCAGCGAAAAGAUGAACAGAUUCCACUCAGUCAUUAUUAUACUUUGACUUCUUGGGAGAUAAGUGGCAAUUAUUUGAUAUUUCUUUUGUGCAACUACUGGGAUGAUAUUUUAAAAUUAACAUCAGAAGAAAUUAACACUCCUUACAUUUCAUUAAAAGAAUGUUUUCCACAAAGUGAUAGGAAAGAAAGUUUUAGAAAUCUUAGCCCUUUCUUUAAAACUAAUUUUGAAAAAGAUGACAGCCAUUAUGUUCUUUCUUUGAAGAUAAUCAUUACCUUACAUUACCCUUGUGCUACAAGAGCUGCUGUCAUUCUUUUACUUCAUCCAGAAAUAAGAGAGUUAGAUGAUGUUCUCAAAAUUUUAGAAGGCGUAAUUGAAAAAUUAGAUUCUUUGGAAAUAUAUCCAGUUUUAGCUGAUACUGUUACUACUGCUCAGUCUAAAGAUGCAAAGAUGAGACUGCUAAAUUUGUUUUUCAAAACUCUUUCUGGAUUACCUGGGAAAAUCUACAAUGAUGCUUUGGGACAUAUUCUCAAUCAUUAUGGUGUGAAUGAUCAUUUUCAGUUAAAUGAUUUUAAUGAUCAACUUGACUGCUUCACACGCAAAAUGUUGUCUAAUGAUGAAGCUGAAAAAUGUCUUCUGCCUUUAUUUAUACAAUCUCCCAGAGAUGUUAUAAAAAGGUUGAUUGAGCAAGCAUUAUUACAAGGUUCGAAGGAAAUUACUGUGGUAGACAUAUUGAAACAAAUACCAAUAGCUUGUUUAUAUUCAAAUACCCUUGUAGAAGAGUUGAAACCUUAUUUUAUAAAAGAUGAAGUAGUUGUGAAAGAGAUGCAGAACAUGAUACAUCUGAUAGAAUCAUUAAUGGAGAUUCAUGCCGAAACACCUAUUGUGGAUUUUGAAAUGUUUCUUCAAGAAAUUAUUAUACCAGCUAUUGCAGCUGAAAGGAACAUCUCUUUUACAUUGGAAUGUCUCAAAGUAUCUGCAAACAUCUUGGUUCCUAAAAAUGCAUUGAAAAUCAAGACUGGGGUACUUUUACUCCUUAUCAAUUGCCUAAAUAAUGUUGUUUCUAAAUGCAUUCAAUUUGGUGAUGGAAAAAUAAAAGAACUAGCAGUAACUACACUUUCAAUUUUGGAAAGCAGUGAAGUAAUAACAGAUACACUGAAAACUAUCUGCCAUGAUGACGCAUCCUUCUCUUAUUCCCCAUGUGUUCUUGUAUAUAACAGAAAAUUACUUGGAGUGACAUCAUACCAAGAAUUGAAGGGUGUAGAAUCCAAGUUAAAUGAUUCUCUAUGGUUAUGGUGCUGCAAUAACAAAGUUAGUAAUCUGUUUCAAGAAACCAUUUUGGAAAAGAAGAUAACUUAUGAAGAUUUAAUUUCCAUUUUAAUUUCUGUCUUGCCUCACUUGACAAAAGAGGAAUGGUUUGAAUCAGCACGUUUAAUUAGAGAAUAUGUUAAAUAUUCAAAUCUAGAUGUUUCAUGUACAAUGCCCUGGCUAUUACCAAAAAGUGAUCCUCAGUUGUACGCUGUAAUUCGUUGUUUGAUGGAUUCAUACUAUUUUUCUCUUGAGAAGGGUGUUUUUGAUCUGUAUUACAUGUCAAAUUGCUUCACAAAUACAAUGCAAAAAAUUUUGAGUGAAGAAGUUGAUUUACAUUUGUAUUUGAAUGUUUUUCUGGAUGUGUGUCACCUAACCUUGAAUAAUGCAGAUGAAAUCUACACUAGUCUUCUACCAUUUCUUUUGAAUGUUAAAAGAACUGUCGAAGAUAAAUGUAAAGAUAAACAUUUGAAAGUAAUUUACUUACAACUACUUUGUGAUGGCAUAAAAGGUCUUCCAAAUUCUGAAGAAAAAUUGUCUUUUUUCAGUGACAAUUUGGUUAAUUAAUGUGAUUUGUAAGCUCGUUAAUACAUCUUUCUCAGUUGUGUAAACCAUUUGUCAAUAAAAGCAUGCUGAUUAUAAAA